AUGGUUCACAUCAAGACUGUGGUGAUAAGUGGUUUCAAGACCUUCAAAAAUAGAACUGUUGUCGAAAAUCUCUCUCCGCAUCAUAAUGUAAUUGUCGGGUCUAACGGUUCAGGGAAGUCCAACCUGUUUGCCGCUAUCAGAUUUGUUUUAAGCGAAGAGAAUACUAACUUAAAACGUGAAGAUAGAAAGGGCUUUAUCUAUCAAGGUGCAGGUCAGGUAAUGAGUGCAUUUGUAGAAAUAGUGUUUGAUGAUCCUGAAAACUUGAUGUUAGCGCCAUUAAAAAAUGACACUGGGGAGGUGAAGAUUAGGCGAACCGUGGGAUUGAAAAAGGACGAGUACAUGAUAAAUAAUAAGAAUUCAACUAGACAAGAUGUCAAGAGAAUACUGGAAAAUAUAGGAUUCUCCACCUCUAAUCCGUAUAAUAUUGUUCCUCAAGGACGAAUAAUUUCUUUAACGAAUGCGAAGGAUGUGGAACGUCUGCAUCUUCUUGAAGAUGUUGUUGGGGCAAAGUCCUUUGAAAACAAAUUGAAAGAUUCCAUGAAAAAAAUGGAUGCGGCUGAAAGAGAUAGAUUAAAAAUUUCUGCCGAAUUAGAUGAAUUAGAUAAACGUUUGGGCGAUUUAUCUGAGGAAAAGAAGGAACUCGAGAAAUAUAAUAAUCUUAACAGAGAUAGAAAGGUAUUACAGUUUUGCUUAUAUGACAGGGAGCUUAAUGAAGUGACAAGCCAGAUAGAAAAGCUUGAGGGAGACUACAAUGCAGUUUUAGAAAAUUCAUCUGAGUAUGUAAUGGAAUUAGAAAAGAGGGAGGCUUUAACGUCACAUCUUGAUAAAGAGAUUAUUGCUAUUGAAUCGGAGAUAAAGAUAAAAGAGUCCGUUGAUUUACCACAAAUAAAGGCAUCGAAGCUUGAAAAUGCAAAAGAAUUAGCAGAUUUAGACUCUCAGAUCAAAGAUAUAAAUAUACAACUGGAUGCCUCUGUUCACCAACUUGAAUCAAAUAAGGAAGAAAUUACUAUAGUAAAAGAUGAAAUAGAAGCAAAAAGGACUAUGAUAUCUGAACUAGAACCAAAACACGUCGAGUAUUCAGAGAAGUCAGAACUUUUAAAAUAUUCCAUUGCAAGAUUACGUGGAAGGCAAAUGGAAUUAUUAUCAAAAAAGGGUAAAUAUGAAGACUUUCAAACCGUUGAACAAAGAAAUAAUUGGAUCAAAGAACAAAUAAAUGAGUUAAACUUAUCAAUAACAAAGAUGAGAAAUGCUAAAAUACAGCUGGAAAAUCAAAGAAAAGAGUUAAUGAGAGAGCUGGAAGAACUUAAAGUAGAGAUCGAUGAACUUACUGACUCAGUUAACGGUAUGGGAACAAUUUCACAUAUGGAUGACUUAGAAAACAAAGUUACAACAUCAAGAAAGGAAUAUUUAGUAAAAAUAGAUCAAAGAAAACAGCUCUGGAGACAAGAACAAAAACUCCAGAGCAUACUUGCGUCUUUGGAUAACGAUGUCAAAAGAUUUGAAUCUAAUGUCAACGAAACAAUCGACCGUUCUUUAGCUGUCGGUCUAAAGAACGUAAAUGAAAUUGUAACUAAAUUAAGUCUGCAAGAUAAAGUGUUUGGUCCUUUAGGUGAGUUAAUAAAAGUCAGUGACAAGUACAAAAUCUGCGCAGAAGUCGUUGGAGGAAACUCGCUUUUUAAUGUUAUCGUCGAUAAUGAAGAUACUGCAAGCGUGCUAAUAAACCAAUUGUAUUCCAUGAAAGGAGGCAGAGUUACAUUUGUUCCACUCAAUAAGAUAGUAUUCGAUAACAACAUAACAUACCCCAGCAAUUCUGAACAAAAUCAUUGUACUCCAUUAAUAAAGAAGAUAAAGUUUGAUAUCAAGUUUGAAAAUGUUGUUAAACAAGUGUUUGGACGUACCAUUGUCGUAAAAUCAUUAACAGAGGCUGCAAUAUUAGCCAAAGAAUCAAAACUUAAUGCCAUAACUUUGGAAGGUGACCGCGCUGAUAGCAGAGGUGUUUUAUCUGGUGGCUAUUUGGAUCAACAUAAGAAUAAUAGACUAAGCUCUUUAAAAGACUUCAAACGAUCUAAAAAGGAUUAUUCUAAAACACAGGGAGAGCUGCAGGAAGUCAAGAAAGCAUUGCAGCAAGUAGAACAACAAAUUGAUGAAUUAAACAAUACAGUCAAAGAAGCUGUCUCAAACCGGGAUGCAUUGCAAUCUGGUAUUGAGAAGAGUAGGAGCGAACUUAAUGGUAGAAUAUCUAAGAAAAUCUCUUUAGAAGACACUAUCUCUACGAUCAAUCAAAAAAUUAGUAAGCUUGAUUUGGAAUUGCAACAAUCAGAGAAUAAAGUAGAAGCUUUGAACCUAGAUUUAGGAAAGCCUUUUGUAAAUGAGCUUGACAACAAGGAAAAAUUAGAACUGGAACAAAUAUCCACUUCCGUUCAAGAGAAGGAAGAUGACUUGAAUACAUGCGCAUCAUCUUUGAGCGAACUUUCUGCUAAACUGGAUGAGUUCAACGCUGAACUUAACUCUAAGUUGAUUCCCAAACUUCAUGAGCUUGAGAGAAAACCUCUUACUUCUACCGAGUCACAUAUAAGCCAGAUGUCAAAUCAGAAAGAGCUUCUUGAAAUGGAUAGAAAAAGUGUCAUUGAAACAAAAGCACGUAUCGACAAUGAACUUUCUACAUUGGUUAGCGACAUCGCUACACUGAAGGAGAAAAAAGCUUCUCUUCAAAGAGAUUUAGAGAAAGCAAACUCUCACCAGCGUUCAUUGAUUAAAAGGAUAACUAGUUACCAGAAAAAUGCUGAAAAAGUGCUAAUUAAGAAGUCUAGCUUAAAUUCUAGAAAAGAUGAAUUACAGCAUUUGAUAAGGGAAGUGGGAAUUUUGGCUGAAGAAUCCUUGAAAAGUUAUAAGUCCCUUGCAAGUGAUGAUAUAUUGAAAAAACUAAAUGUUAUUACGAAAUCUUUAUCCCAAAUGACCAAUGUUAACAAGAGGGCAUCUGAGAAUUAUUCAAGAUUCGAAGAAAAGAGAAAGGAGUUGAAUUCAAGAGCAGAUGAAUUAGAGGAAUCGAAAAAGUCGAUUGAAACAUUAAUAGAACAGCUAAAAGAGCAAAAGCUUACAGCUAUUGAAAAAACAUUUAUGAAAGUUUCUGAAAAUUUCAGUGAAGUAUUUGAAAACCUUGUACCACGAGGUGUGGGCAAACUAAUUAUCAACCGUUGCGAUGACAUUGCCACUCCGGAGACAACUACAAGAAAGAGAAAAAGAGAUAUCAGACAAGUAUCUUCACUUUCAGAAAUAAAAGAUGAUAACAAGUACACAGGCGUGUCCAUCCAGGUCUCAUUCAACUCUAAAAAGGAUGAACAACUCCGGGUAGAACAAUUGUCUGGUGGGCAAAAGACCGUGUGCGCAAUUGCUCUAAUUUUAGCUAUUCAGAUGGUUGACCCAGCCCCAUUUUACUUGUUCGAUGAAGUUGAUGCUGCCUUAGACAAGCAAUAUCGUAUUGCUGUCGCUCGCACCAUUAAGAGACUCUCAGAUAAAGCUCAGUUCAUAUGUACAACAUUCCGAACCGAUAUGAUAAAUGUAGCAGAUACAUUCUUUAGGGUGAAAUUUGAAAAUAAAGUAUCUACCGUUUCUGAGGUGUCAAGAAGUGAUGCAGUUAACUUCAUUAGGGGAAGUAACAGAAAAGAAGCGGAUUAG